CAGCUUUGCGGGGCAAAAAGGGUGUCGUCACCUCCGGGUUCUGAGUCACGUGCGUUGUGGGAAGAUGGCGGACGCUCUCCCGGUGGAGGUGGAUGUGCUCAUCCUGGGUACAGGUCUGCAAGAGUCCAUUAUUGCAGCUGCCUGUUCUCGAAUUGGCCAGAGAGUUCUUCAUAUUGACAGGAGGAAUUAUUAUGGAGGCAACUGGGCCAGUUUUAGCUUUUCUGGAUUGCUGUCUUGGAUCACAGAAUGCAAAGAACACACCACUGACAUUACUGAAGCUGAUUGGAAAGACCAGAUACUGGAAGGGGAAGAUGCCAUUCAACUUGGUCUGGUGGAUAAAUCUACUGAGAAUUUGGAAGUCUUCUGCUAUGCAAGCACGAUUACAGAGGAAGAUGUUAUCGAAGUAGGAGCUCUUGAAAAUAAGCAAUCGAAUGUGGGUUCUGGCACUGCAGCAGAGAAUGCAGUAGUGAACAAUCAAGAUGAGAAAAAUCAAGCACACACAGGUUUAAGCAGUGGUGAUGCAGAAUCUCCUCUAGAAAACCAAGAUUCCUCACUCUCAAAGGAGGAAGUUUUUGCUGAGAAAAUUGAAUCUGAGAACAAACCAUGUUCUUACAAUAUUCCUUCGUCUGCAACCACUGAAAUAUCUCUGGACACGAAAGAGGUUGCUGAUAAUAUGGCUGCAGUUGAGGUGGAAGCUGGCAAUGUAAAUCAAGCUACUGAUGCCUCUACUCAAAAGCUGAAGAAAGAAGAAAAAAUAACGACUUAUUCACAAAUUAUAAAGAAUGGCAGGAAAUUUAACAUCGACUUGACCUCAAAGUUUUUGUAUUCCUGUGGCUCCUUGGUCAAUCUUCUUAUCAAAUCCAAUGUCAGUCGGUAUGCAGAAUUCAAAAAUAUUACCAGGAUACUUACUUUUCGAGGAGGAAGUGUUGAACAGGUACCAUGUUCCAGAGCUGACGUCUUUGCCAGCAAACAGCUCACGAUGGUGGAAAAACGAAUGUUGAUGAAAUUUCUUACUUUCUGUUUGGAAUAUGAACAACACCCAGAUGAAUACGUAGACUUCAAGGACAGUAGAUUUUCAGAUUAUUUGAAGACAAAAAAAUUAACUGCAAAUCUACAGCAUUUCGUUCUACAUUCCAUCGCUAUGGUCUCUGAAACUGCUUUGACCCCUGAGGGACUCAAAGCAACCCAACACUUCCUACAGUGCCUUGGACGCUAUGGAAACACACCGUUCCUCUUUCCCUUGUAUGGUGUUGGAGAAAUACCACAAUGCUUCUGCAGGAUGUCUGCAGUCUUUGGCGGAACAUACUGUUUGCGACAUACAGUGAAAUGCUUGGUGGUCGACAGAGAAACAUCGAGGUGUAAAGCGGUCAUUGACAGUAAUGGCCAUCGCAUAAGCUGUCGAUAUUUUAUUGUGAAUAACAGCUACUUAACUGAGGAACAUACUAAAAAUGUACAAUACAGGUAUAUUUCAAGAGCCGUUCUUAUAACAAAUUCUUCUAUCCUGAAAUCCACUUCUGAGCAGAUAUCUAUUUUGACUGUGCCUGCAAUGGAAAAGGACCAACCUUCUAUCCGAGUCAUUGAGCUCUCUCCCUCUUCAAAUACCUGUCCACAGGGCACCUAUCUGGUUCACCUAACUUGCCCAUCAAACAAAACUGCUAAAGAAGACUUGGAACCUGUUGUAUCUACACUGUAUGCCCAGUACAAUGAAAAUGAAGCUGGUUGUAGUGAGCAUGAAGUGGAAGAAAAACCUCAGGUGCUUUGGGCUUUAUAUUUCAAUGUGAGAGAUACAUCAACAGUUGACAGAAGCACAUAUGAAGGCGUUCCCAGUAAUGUCUUUGUCUGUUGUGGACCCGAUGCUGCGCUUGGAUUUGAGCAGUCUGUUAAGCAGGCAGAAGAUAUCUUUCAUCAAAUCUGUCCUGGGGAAGAGUUCUGUCCCAUGGCUCCAAACCCUGAAGAUAUUAUCUAUGAUGGUGAUGGUGUGCAACCAGAAAGUUCUGGUUUUGGAACUUCUGCAGAAUUAGAAGCAGUUCAAGUAAAAGAAAAUACAAAUCCCAAAUCUGAUCCCACAGAAGAUGGUAACAAGGAAGUGGUAGAAUCGUUGGAUGUUAGUGAAGCGGACAGACAAUCGGAAAUGUCCAGCUCUAAUGCUCAAGCUUUGAAGUGUAAUAAUGGGAUAGAAAUACCAAAGGAUACAGAAUAAUGUAUAUUAAAAUUUCAAAAUAAUGACCAGUGGUGGUAUUUCCAAACUAUAUUGACGCAAACUGAAAAAUGCUGUUAAUAUCAUACAGUGGAAUUAUAGAGGGCAGCCUUUACACCUUGCGACAGUCCACUAAUUGAGGAUUCUAGUUCAGGCAAUUUUUCGAUAUCUUACUCAAAUAAAUGCUGUACUCUGUGCGUAAAGCAGUUAUAACAAAUGGAUCUAUUUCCAGCCACCUGCUGCUACUCUUUCCUCUUCACUUCCCCCUUGCCCUGAAAAUGGACUAAUGUUAAGGCCUAUUGACACUAAUUAAAAGUAGCCAAUUGUGAAGAUGGGAUUGGGGAAGAAUUGCCAAAAUAAGCUUUGCUUAAACCACAUGGAUGUUUAAAGACUAUUAAGGUAUCUAAAAUUAAAGCUACAGCUUGCUUUGCUGGAACCUUUUUAUCACAAUAAUACUAUUCCCAAAAAAAUGGGCAGAACUCACUCGUGAUAAAUGAUGGAAAAUAUUUCUUCUGACAAGAAAUGUUCAAACCAUUCAACAUUUUGAAAUAUUGUUUACUGGAAAAAAUAUUAAGUGCUAAUGUUACGUUAUGAAUAUACUUCAGAAAGCAGGGGCAGGUGCAAACAAUUUUCUCAGUGGAAAAUCAAAUAGGUCUAUAAUGAUAUGUGAUGGAAUAGCAGAUGUUUUGCAGAUCAAGGUACUAUUUUCCAUGAGUAAUGUGUUCAAUAUCAAAAACAUAUACUGUGCAAUAACCUGUGAAAAUACACCUCAUUUAAUGGUUAUGUAAACAAAAGUGAUUAAAAUGUUGCAAAAAUCA